AUGCCGUUUAAUCUUUCCAACGAACUAAAUCUUGCAGCCGAUAGACUCGACAAGAUGCUAAGAGCCAACAACAGAAGAGCCUCAAACAAUGUAGAUAAAGACGCGUUGAAGGUAAGAAGAAGUAGUGUCCGGGAUUGAACUGUUUUGUUUCCAGAUAGGGCAAAAGCCGAACGGUCCUUUGAAGCCAAUAAAUGCCCAGCAAGGAAGAAAGGACGCCGUCGUCCCGAAGCCUGCGGUCCCAAACAGCCAGCCAUCCACGGAGCCCAGUCAGCUGAGGACGAAAAGAGCGAACCUUCAGGACAACGAGUUGAAGUGCCUCGAAAUGGCCGAGGACAUCUACAAGUACCUGGUGCACCACGAAAAGAAGUACGUGCUCCUGGAUACGUUCUUGAACGGCGGCGAGCCGACGAGCAAAAUGCGGCGGAUUCUUGUGGACUGGCUCGUCCAGGUGCACGUCCGUUUUCACCUUCUCCCGGAGACGUUGCAUCUCACGGUCUUCAUUCUCGACCAGAUGCUCGCCAAGAAAUGUGUCUCGAAGGGAGAUCUCCAGCUCCUCGGAAUCUCUGCAAUGUUCGUGGCGUCAAAGUAUGAAGAGGUCUUCUUACCGGACAUCUACGACUACGAGUUCAUAACCGAGAACACGUACUCGAAGAAGCAGAUCUUGGCCAUGGAGCAGACCAUUUUGAACACUCUUCAGUAAGUCGGAUUGUAUCGCUACCUUUAUAUACCCCGUUUUUCCAGAUUCGAUCUGUCCUGCCCCUCGUCCCUCGUUUUUUCGCGCUGCAUUUCGAGAGUGCUCUCCGAAGACGAAUCCAUCCAGGUCGACCAAGAGACAUUCUACUACGCGUACAACAUCAGCAAGUGCGUCGGAGAGCUCGCCCUUCUCGACUCGAUUAUGUCGUCGGUGCCAAGAUCGCACAUAGCCAUCGCGUCCAUGAUCAUCGCCCUCAAUGUGCACCCGGUGGAAGGUAUUGAGCCGAACCGCGCGGAAGCCACCAUCAUGUCAGUGAUCGUUUCGUUCUUGCUGACCUACAACUGAUCCUUUUCAGCACCCAACUGGGAGCCACCAAGAACGAGAUCAGCGAGGCCGUCUGUCUUCUCGCCAACGUCGCCAGCCGGAACUUCAAGCAGGCCAAGCUCGGCGCCAUCAAGGUUCGGAAAAGCUCUCCACCUUCCCAGUGAUGUCUUUUUUUUCAGAGCAAGUACCAGUCGUCCAAGCUCGGUCAAGUCUCGAAUCUUUUGACGGAUGAGGUCAUCGAGAAAAUCGAGAAACUCGGAGAGUGA